UAUGGUACGAAAAUAUCGGAGGCGCGCGUGCGCGUCUUUUGAAAGCAGCCUGCGCUGUCUCGCGACUCCAGACUUCUGCGCUCGAGACACACCUUCAGAGCGCGAGUCCGAGUGCACGUGAGCGCGCAGAGCAGGGGCAUCAGUAUGGUUAUUAGGGUGUACAUCGCCUCCUCGUCCGGCUCUCUGGCGGUAAAAAAGCGCCAGCAGGAGGUCGUAGGGUUUUUGGAGGCGAACCGGAUCAGUUUCGAGGAGGUAGACAUCACCAUGCUGGAGGAAGAGAGACUCUGGAUGUACGAGAACAUUCCAGAAGAGAAACGACCCGAGAAGGGCAACCCGCUCCCCCCUCAGAUCUUUAAUGGAAAGGUUUACUGCGGGGAUUAUGAAGACUUCUUCUUGUCUAAGGAAGACAACACAGUGUUUUCUUUUCUUGGCCUCAACUCCCAAGCCUCAGGGAAGGAUGCUGAUUCUGAGGCUGAGCUCCAGCACUGAAGCACCAUGGAGCUUCUCGAGCUGUGUUCAUUCUGUUUUCAUGAGACGAUGAAGUCAUCACUGCCGGCUAUGCAUCUGCGCGAUAGACAAACCUCGUUCCCAUCAAAGAGACAUAUUUAGACUAAUGAGACAAGUGAUGUGAGUUUAAGGUUUGUGUUGUUUCAAGACAUUUCUUAUAUAGCAAUCACACUGACACAGCUUGUAUAAUGUGUGUAUCACUACGGGUUCUUUUUGUAAUCUAUGACAAUCACUGUGUGAUGUUUCUGUGUAUCCCUAUUCAGUAUGUUAUGUUUUAUAGGAUCUAUAUCUAUGAGUGAUUUUGUUGAUUUUGUUAAAGUCAGCAUUAGUUUUUAAAAAUUUUGACUUUGAAUGAACCAAAGAUGAACAUUUAAGGAAAACGAGGAAAUAUGUUUGCCUGCUAGUGCUCUGCUGUCCUUAUGUCUUUGAUGUCUAUUUGAGAUCAGGACAAAAUCCAAUACAGGGAAGACGAUUGAAAUCUCACUGCUCUGUACUUCCACUGCCACACAUAUACUGUACACUUUAGAAGAGGCACAAAAAACCUUAACUUUAUUACGAUUUUUCUGGUUUGGAAAACGUAGUUAUAGCCUUACCUCUGACUGUUACAAAAUGCUGACGCUGGAGACUUACAAAAAAAUAUUCAAUAAAUGUCUUCUCACAUCAA